AUGGGUACCGCCGUCCGAGCCCCUAGUAAGUCCCUGUAUAACGAAGACGAAGCCAUCAUCUGUCGCCACCUCACAGACAGACUGAUCGGAGUAGUAAUUCCCGCACAGAGCAUAUGCGUCAUCGUUUUUUACAGGGAACAGUACCGCUUCGUGAAGGAAGAUAUGGGCGAUCUCGGCUUCGAACUCACGACGGUCGACUCGGUGCAGGGACGCGAGAAGGAUGUGGUAAUUUUGUUGACCACCAAAACUAAAAUUUCACAGGACCCAGAGGGCGAAUUCAUAAACGACUACCGACGCCUGAACGUCGCCGUGACUCGCUCCCGACACGGCCAGUUUAUCAUAGGCCAAGCUGAUACCCUCCGACAGGUGCCGGUAUGGAACACCCUGUUACGUUGGGCGGACUCCAUCAGCGCAGUUGUCACAGCGGCGCAAGUUCCCAGUUACUUCCAAAACUAUUAA